CGUGACGUAGCGUUGUAGGCUUCGUCAGUUUCCUCAACCAAACACUCAACUGAUAAUUGUGUGAUAAAACUGGAAGUCAGCCGGUGGACGAAGGGGUGCUUUCUCCAGAAAAGCACACGAACCCUGCGGCCCUCGUCGUUACUAACAAACUCAGUCGUCUUUGCACCGAAACAGGUCGUAUUGUUGAACAGGGCGGCGAAAAUUCCUGCUUUUAAACCCCGACCGAAGGCUGCUUUUUUUUUAAUUUUUGCUCUGGCUGUCGAAAGGCGGGGAAUACAAAGCGACGUGUGGUCAAAUCCUGUGAAUUUUGGACUCAUUGAAGCAAAAACGGGAUUACUACAAAGCCAGUUCGUGCAACAGUGACUGGUCAGCGGUAGUACAUGGAUUAUCUGUGUUUCCGGGCACUGUGCUGUAAAGGACCUCCACCGCCAAGACCAGAGUAUGAUGUGGUGUGCAUUGGCCUGACAGGCGCUGGAAAAACCAGCCUGCUCUCACGUCUCUGUAGUGAGGGUGGCGACGGCAUUGUACCUACAACAGGUUUCAGCAUCAAAGCAGUGCCAUUUCCAAAUGCCAUCUUGAAUGUAAAAGAACUUGGAGGAGCAGACAAUAUCAAAAAAUACUGGAGUCGUUACUACCAGGGGUCACAGGGUGUGGUCUUCGUAUUGGACAGUGCCUCGUCGGAUGAGGACCUCGAGGCUGCCCGCAACGAGCUCCACUCGGCCCUUCAGCACCCCCAGCUUUGCACACUGCCUUUCCUUAUCCUCGCCAACCACCAGGACAAGCCUGCUGCAAGAACGCAAAACCAGAUCAAGAAAUACUUUGAGCUGGAGCCGCUGGCCAGAGGGAAGCGCUGGAUCCUGGAGGGCAGCUCCACCGACAACAUGGAGACGGUGAAGGAAAUAUUUGGUCAGUUCAUUAGCCUAUUGGAGGACAAAGACACAGAGCCUGCAAGGAUAUGAUGCUAACGCUGCUAAUGCUAAGAGACGUUAGCGGCUGACGACAAAGAAGAGCACCAGGCGCUGCUGUUGCACAUGAACACACACAUGCACAGACACACACAUGUACACACAAGAAUAUAGAGCAGAAAGCUGGCCUCCUUUGAGAAGUGUAUUGUAUGUUAGCCACCUUUUACUGGGCUCUCUUUUUUUUUUUUUCAAAUUGAGAUUGUGCACAAGCAGUCAGCCACUACAGCCUGAGCGCGGAGAGCUGCCAUUAAACACAACUGAUGUAAAGCAGUUUAUACAGGAAAAUCACUGAACUCUGCCAGAAAUGGAAAUCUUGUUUACUACUGUCUGCGCCUUUGGGAUUAAACCAGUGGCAUGUGGGACAUAUGGCAUUCCUUCAGUCAUCAUUGGACACUAACACACACAUUCUCAGUCUUAUACACACACACACACACACACACACACACAUCAGUCACACACAGAGUGAGCCCAGGUUGUCUGUAGAUAUGUUUAACAUCUCCAGUAAUGACUUUACAGGAUGUGUGGGUGGGCACUGUUGACGUUGUCACUGAGAAGAACUGUAUGGUCGUCUGUGUGCUUCUCCUUUUGACCCGGUAACAACGAAUGUUGUUGUGUGAUUGGAGUGCAUAGUCCAAUGCCUUGUCUUAUGUACGGUAGUUACAUAUCUAAUCUGAAUAGUGUAGUCUGAGUAUCUCAUGGAGUAUUAUGUACAUGCUAACAAUAUAUUGCAGUGUACCCUCCUGUGCAGCCAUACACAAGCACUAGUAAUCAUGUGACUGAGUGCUAUACUGAGAAGUGAAGUGGGCACAAGAAUGCUUUUAUAAAUGUGCAACUUAGGGUAUAUUUUAUAGCUCUGUAUGUUAACCACGUAGAGCUAUGUACAGUGCAUUCAGAUUUCUAUGUCAUAACACACUUAUGAAUUGUUUGAAAUCAAAGACCAGGAGGAAAAGAAAAAAAUGCAAUGAUUGCCCAGGCUCCAUGCAGCCUCAAGAUAGAAAAAUGUGAUGAAGUAAGUUUUCUGUAUGUAAAGCAAAUGUCUUGUUUGUUUUCAUUUUCACAUUUUUUUAUUGUUUUCUUUUUUCCUUUUGAAACUCACAUAAUCCGUCUCUGCCCGGGGAGCAGCUCCUGUCUCCCAUCAGGGUGGAAUACAAACUCUAUCAAUCAGUCGCAGCAACAGCUGCAUCUGACAAGUCCCUGUCCGACACCCUAAUGCCUUCCAACUGUCUGUGAAGACCCCUCCCUGUCUGCUGUUUAUCGUGGACCCCCGCCCCAC